AUGGCCGACCACGUUGAGAACCUCAUCGAUGUCCCCAAGGAGUUUAUCAGGGAGGGCAUCCAGUUCAUGAACAAGUGCCAGAAGCGUGAGUUACGAACCCUGCGACCCGUGCCCGACGUCUGCGAAAGGGCCGGCCAAUUGGCAAGGGGGACGAGUGCUCGUAUUGGGGCUGCGGAAAUCGAAGCAUGCUGUCGGGAGAUGCGUUGCCAUAACCAGCGGCAGCGGCAGCGGCGCACUCUUGAAGCUCUUCGUGACAGCUCCGACCGCAAAGAGUUCAUCAAAAUCUCCCAGGCCAUUGCCAUGGGCUUCGUCGCCAUGGGCACCGUCGGCUACCUCGUCAAGCUGAUCCACAUUCCCAUCAACAACAUCCUCGUCGCUGGCGCGUAA